GGGACGGAGGGGGGGGGGGGGGGGAGCUGGCUGAGGGGGGGAAUGAGACCCUAAUGAAGUCAGAGCCCCCCACACGCCACAGCGUCCAGCCCCCCAAACAUGGACUGUCUCUGUAUCGUGACAACCAAGAAAUACCGCUAUCAAGAUGAAGACACGCCCCCUCUGGAACACAGCCCGGCCCACCUUCCCAACCAGGUAAACGCCCCCGAGCUGGUGCACGUGUCGGAGAGGAACUUGUCCCAUCUCGAGGCCGUCAGUGGGGUCGUGGGCCACGCCCACCUCUCCCCGCUCAAGGCCAACUCUCCCCCCGUGAUUGUGAAUACAGAUACUCUUGAAGCCCCUGGAUAUGUGAACGGAACAGAAGGGGAGAUGGAGUAUGAGGAGAUCACACUGGAACGGGGUAACUCAGGCCUGGGCUUCAGCAUCGCAGGUGGCACCGACAACCCACACGUUGGCGAUGACCCAUCCAUUUUCAUCACCAAGAUCAUUCCUGGGGGGGCUGCAGCACAGGAUGGCCGACUCAGGGUCAAUGACAGCAUCCUGUUUGUCAAUGAGGUGGAUGUAAGGGAGGUGACACACUCGGCUGCUGUGGAAGCCCUGAAGGAAGCAGGUUCAAUUGUUCGUCUCUACGUCAUGCGUCGGAAGCCUCCUGCCGAGAAGCUCAUGGAGAUCAAGCUCAUCAAGGGACCUAAAGGGCUCGGCUUCAGCAUUGCAGGUGGCGUGGGGAACCAGCACAUCCCAGGAGAUAAUAGCAUCUAUGUAACAAAGAUCAUUGAGGGCGGGGCUGCUCACAAAGAUGGACGUCUACAGAUUGGGGACAAGAUCCUCGCUGUGAACAGUGUAGGGCUGGAGGAUGUGAUGCAUGAAGAUGCAGUGGCUGCCCUGAAGAACACAUAUGAUGUUGUCUACUUGAAAGUGGCCAAGCCUAGCAACACCUAUCUGAGUGAUAGCUAUGCCCCACCUGACAUUACCACUUCCUACUCCCAGCACUUGGACAAUGAGAUCAGCCACAGUAGCUACCUGGGUACUGAUUAUCCACCAGCCAUGACACCCACCUCCCCCCGUCGAUACUCCCCGGUGGCCAAAGAGCUGCUGGGAGAGGAGGAUAUUCCUAGGGAGCCACGCCGGAUUGUGAUCCAUCGGGGCUCCACAGGCUUAGGGUUCAACAUCGUGGGAGGUGAAGAUGGUGAAGGCAUCUUCAUCUCCUUCAUUCUUGCCGGGGGUCCAGCUGACCUCAGUGGAGAGCUACGCAAGGGGGACCAAAUUCUCUCGGUCAAUGGUGUGGAUCUUCGAAAUGCUACCCAUGAACAAGCUGCCAUCGCACUGAAGAAUGCUGGCCAGACUGUCACUAUUAUCGCUCAGUACAAACCAGAAGAAUACAGUCGAUUUGAGGCCAAAAUCCAUGACUUGCGGGAACAACUAAUGAACAGCAGCUUGGGUUCUGGGACUGCCUCUCUUCGGAGUAACCCCAAACGAGGCUUUUAUAUCAGGGCCCUGUUUGACUAUGACAAAACCAAGGACUGUGGCUUUCUGAGCCAGGCCCUUAGUUUCCGUUUUGGGGAUGUAUUGCAUGUGAUCGAUGCUGGUGAUGAAGAAUGGUGGCAGGCACGACGUGUCCAGCCAGAUGGUGAGACCGAUGACAUUGGCUUCAUCCCUAGUAAACGGAGGGUCGAGCGCCGGGAAUGGUCAAGGUUAAAGGCCAAGGACUGGGGUUCUAGCUCAGGAUCUCAAGGUCGUGAAGACACAGUGCUGAGCUAUGAGACAGUGACACAGAUGGAAGUGCACUAUGCUCGCCCUAUUAUCAUUCUUGGCCCAACCAAGGACAGGGCCAAUGACGACCUCCUCUCCGAGUUCCCUGACAAAUUUGGAUCCUGUGUUCCCCAUACAACGCGGCCAAAGCGGGAGUACGAGGUGGAUGGUCGGGAUUACCACUUUGUGUCAUCGAGAGAGAAAAUGGAGAAGGACAUCCAGGCUCACAAGUUCAUUGAGGCCGGCCAGUACAACAGCCACCUCUAUGGGACCAGCGUCCAGUCUGUACGAGAGGUGGCUGAACAGGGAAAGCACUGUAUCCUUGACGUCUCGGCCAAUGCCGUGCGGCGGCUGCAGGCGGCCCACCUGCACCCUAUUGCCAUCUUCAUCAGACCUCGAUCCCUGGAGAACAUCCUAGAAAUUAACAAACGGAUAACAGAAGAUCAGGCCCGCAAAGCCUUUGACAGAGCCACCAAGCUGGAGCAGGAAUUCACAGAGUGUUUCUCAGCCAUUGUGGAGGGUGAAACCUUUGAGGAGAUAUACCACAAAGUAAAACGUAUCAUUGAGGAGCUAUCAGGGCCAUAUAUUUGGGUCCCAGCCCGAGAGAGACUCUGAUCCCUUGUCUACCACUGCAGCCUGGACUCACCUGCCCUCCAAGGCCCCUCAGCCUGGACUCACCUGUCCAAGCCCUUCUCCUCUUAUUUAUUUCCUUUGUGACCCAACCCAGAUGGGGGGGACUUCUCUGCAUGUGCCCCGCCCCCCUGAGCUGGAUGCCUGGGUCCCAGGAGCACAGAGAAGCUAGGGGAGCUGGACACUUGGAUUCUUGAUCCAGGAACCUCUCUCCUAAAUAUUCCUCUCCCCUCACCCCCCCAACACCUCCAGGACCUGGGACACCUCAGCCAUCCCUUCCUGCUUCUUCACCCCUUCACAUUCCAGAAUGCAAGGGGACUCGCACUUGCUGGAGCAACCCAGGCUUGGGGCCUGAGGGGUCACUGGGCUCGGCCUUCUCAGCUGAGGGAGAGGCUUGAGCUCACCGACAUCCCAACUUCCCACAUCCCCUUGAUUUCUCUCAAGUUUCUUUUUUCUGUUCUCCAUUUUUUUCUUCUCAAAGGUGGUUUAUUUUUUUGGGAAGGGUGUUGGGGGCAGUCACACAGACCCCCCCCACCUUCCCCAUGAAUUUCCCCCUUUUUCUUGCUGGUUUGCAUGAGUGGAAGGUCUAACUGUGGCUUUUUUUCUGGGAUUUUUUGGGGAAGGGGGAGGGACAGGGUCUGGGG